AUGGCAUCAACAUCAUCUCAAACAUCAUCACAAACAGUACAACCCAGCUUCGCCGCAGUAACAAAAAUCACACCAAAAAAACCUACAACAGCAAUAUCAUGUCCCAGUAGAAGUUUCGCCAUCGUUAUGAACGCUCUUCCUGACGUCGUGCUAUUUGAAUACAUCAAGGCAAUCGGCGAAAUUGUUACCCCUAAAGAAAUAACCUUUGCUUCACGAAUUUCUAACCAGCGUAUAUGCAUAUAUCUUUCUUCCUUAUCCGUAGUGGAUAAUCUCCUGCAAAAUUAUCCGACCAUUACUGUUAGAAAUCAAACAGUAUCUAUUCGCAGACUUAUUACACCUGCAAAGAGGCUACUACUGUCCAACGUGAGCCCUUCGAUCCCGAAUUCACUCAUAGAGCAAGCACUUAAAGAAGAACUUCGAUUACAACUUGCUUCUCCUAUCUCUUUUAUCCGAUGCGGCUCACCUGAGGACGAAUACGCUCACAUUUUCAGUUUUCGACGCUCUAUCUAUAUUAUACCGGAUAAAGAAAACUUUGAAUUAAAUACCUCAAUUUUAAUAUCGCAUGAAAAUAACAAUAAUAGAAUCUUUAUCACUUCGGAUAAACUUGAAUGUUUCUUAUGUAAACAAUCUGGACACACUGCAGACUCCUGUUCUAACCCUCAAGAAAUAUCUACCAAUCUUUCUCAAAAUACAACUUCUAGCCUAAUCCCAUUUGAAACUCCUUCUACUAUGUCUCGUCCUUCCUCCUCCUCAAAAGAAGAAAUCAAUCCAACUAAUAACGACUUAAUAAUUCCAAAUGAACAGUCUCUAAUGUCAGUGUCCUUACCUUCAAAUCCUUGCAUCAAAAGAACUUAUUCUACCGAAACAAGUCUCGAAUCACCCACUUUAUCGGUUACUGAUAACCCCCCAGACUUAAACCCUAUAAAUGAUAAAUCUCCCACAGCCUUUUCAACUCCUAAAACAGCUCCUAAAAAGAAAUUAAAAACUGAUGACAAAGAACUUGGUAAAAUUACUCCCUCUGCUCAAUCAACUAUUGAACAAUUAAUUAGUGCUAACCCAGAGAGAUUUUCUUUGACAGCAUUACAGCUUAUUGCCUUCCUGGAAAAUUCCUUUGGUAGCAGUGAUCCUCUCAAAGAAGCUCAUAACUUUACCACCAACAUUAAGUCUCUUUUAGAAGACCUUACGCAAAUAUAUCAAGCUGUAUCUGAUAGAUCGCUUAAAAAUCGAAUUACAAGAUUAUCUAAAAAGCUUAAGAUCACAUUAAAUCCCGUAGACGCUGACGAAGUUGCAAGCCUUUCAUCCAAUAAUUCAUAUUCAUUUGGUACAGUAGAGGUCAAAGAAAGACCUAAGACAAAUCGAACUGCAGACAUAAAUGCACAAAGUGGUGAGAGUACUUGUAGUAUUAGCUCUGUACUACAUCAUCAAGUAGCCCAGAAUAAGCUUGAUGAAAUUAGCAAACAAAUAAACAACAUAAAUCUGACAAACGAUAAUCCGGAUGUGAGUCAAAAAGGAAAGAAACGAAGAUAUGGAGCAGAAAUCGAAUUAUUAGAAAGAACAACGAUUCCUAAGACGAGCAGAAGGAGGAAUUCGACGGAUAAUUAUUCUACAUCAAGCAACGACUCGGACCAGACAAGAAAUGUCAAAAAAAACGCCGAACAUUCCAUUUCGAUGGAUGUGACAGGCGAUGCGGCGGGUAUUCAUAUACGUAUCGACGACUAUGUGCGACUAGCGUCGAAGGUAAUACGUGGAAGCAAAGCACAAGAUAGUGACAGCUUCCCUAUAAGAUCGAGGGGCAAGCAAUGCACAGCAAUGGCUGCUACAGCGCUGGUAUUUAGGAAAAUACACAGCGAAAAUAAUUGGAAUGGUCAAAUAAUCGACCAAAUAUUAAAUACCGGUGACGAUUUUUAUAGAAAAUCAAUCCGAAGAAGAACCCGGCUAAGGCGAGAAAUAAACUCUGAGUAUUUAAUGCCCAUAGAGUUAGCACCAAACAUGACGAUUUUAAAUCGUCGGUACGUGCUAAAUACAGAUGAAGGAGAUCAUGUUAACGGCUCCUUACGAACAAUCGACGCAGAGAUCAUUAACUUGCAUCAAGGAAUAACUAAGUUCUUCGACGAAUAUGACUCUGGCAUAUUCGUCUGCAAUAUGCUAUCCACGGCGAUAACAAAACAUAAUGAAAUGUACUACUUGUUCGACUCGCACUCUAGAGACGAAUAUGGUCGAGCACGGCCAAACGGUAAAGCAUGUAUGCUGGAGUUCGUUUCUAUGGACUUACUAGCAGAGCACAUAAUGCACGUACAUUGGCAAAACGAAACGGAAGCAAACGUGAAUAACUACUAUCGGAAUGUAUUUACAAUUGCUCCUAUAACAAUUGUACUGCAAGACAACAUAGCAGAGGACAAUGCAGUAUCACCAACGGCGUUGCUGAUGCCUCCGCCUACAGUUCCUGUUCCUCCGAAAGUUCCUGUGGCAUCAUCUAGCAAUGUACGUAUACCUGGGCGUUCAAAUACGUACUUGCUAGCCAAACGUUCCAGACAAGUGGAUACGUUCACUGUUGGUGAUAUGGUAGAACAAUGCGACCAGUGCGGCGCAAAGUUUUACAAGAAAGAAAGAAAAAUGUGCUGUAAUAAAGGAAAUGUUGUACUGCCACCGCUAGAUGAAUAUCCAUCAGUGUUAAAAGCAAAACUGCUUUCCGAUAGCUCGACUUCCAAGUUGUAUUUGAAAAACAUUAUGAAGUACAACACGCUCCUAAGUUUCGCAUCGAUUUCGUCGACUUUGCGAACUGACUUACCUCCUGGAGUCGAUGUGUUCGUAAUACAAGGCAACAUGUAUCACAAGAUGAUGCAUGUAUACCAAAACGAUACAAGACCAAGUUUCGGACAAUUGUACUUUUUGGAUUCAGGACGCGCCAACGACAUUCGCAGCGCGAAUACAAUAUUUACGGCCGAAAUGUCUGCGGAACUAAUUACCCAACUCGAUAAAGUUAUAAGGAAAGUAAAUCCAUACGCUGGUCUAUACUGCACCAUGAAAGAGGUCUAUGAAAAAGCACGAAAGAAUGCAGCACGAAACAACGCGACAGUGCCCGAAAUCUCGUUGGUUUGGUUCGAUGAUUCUGGAAUCGAUAGGCGCGUCUACAAUAAACCAACAGCCAAUGAUGAAAUAGGAGCUAUAUUCGUAUCGGGGGAUGGGGAAAUCCCCGCAAAUAUCGAAUUACAGCUCUAUCUCCGACCGGAAGUUGCCGACAAUCAAACCGAUAGCAGCUUAUUAACAAUUUCACAUUUGUCACCGUUAGCCGAUCCGUUAAGUUAUGUGCUAUUGUAUCCUACUGGAGGUCGUGGUUGGUGCAAGAACAUAUCAUUAACACGCCAAAGCACUACCAGAAAACGCGUCACAUUAAGAGCUUUUUAUGCGUAUAGGUUUAUGGUUCGCGAUACAUUCAAUCCACUUUUAGAAAGUGCAAAAUUAACGCAACAAUAUAUUGUUAAUUGCUAUACGAAAAUAGAGAGCAACAACAUGUAUUAUUUACGAAUAAACCAAAAGAAGCUAAUGGUGACAAACUAUUCCGGAUUACAAGACUAUCUAGCCCAAUACGAAUCAAACUGUAAUGUCCGAAUCGGGCACCCAAUUAUUCUACCCUCCACUUACUAUGGCGGUAAGCGAUUUAUGAUGGAGUACUAUCAAGAUUGCAUGGCCAUUGUAAGUCGUUUUGGUAAACCGACGUAUUUUGUAACGAUGACGUGCAAUCCUAAAUGGCCCGAAAUAGAAAAGUUCAUGAGACCGAAUCGGUGCGCUCAAGAUAGACCAGACAUCACGGUUCGUGUAUUUCACCUAAAAUUAAAAGAGCUAAUUCACGACAUUGUCGUCAAGCAAGUUUUAGGCGAAGUGAGCACUUUCAUAUAUGUUGUGGAGUUUCAGAAAAGAGGUUUGCCACAUGCGCAUAUAUUGGUAACAAUCAGAGUAGAAGAUCGGCCUGUAGAAGCAAAUGACAUAGACAGCGUCAUAUGUGCAGAAAUUCCCGAUAUGAACACCGAACCGGAAUUGAAUGAUUUGGUGCUUAAACAUAUGAUGCAUGGACCAUGUGGUAUUAGAGAUCCAACAUGCUCAUGUAUGCGAAACGAUGAUAAUACGUGCAGCAAAAAAUAUCCAAAAGAAUUUCGCGAAACAACCAUACCGAAUAUCGGUCGCUACGCGCAGUAUCGCCGAAGAAACAACGGAAGAAAUGGAAAGGUAAAACGAGGUCAACGGAUAUACGAAGAUAUGACCAAUCAGGACGUCGUACCCUACAAUCCUUGGCUGUUGAAAAAAUACAACUGUCACCUGAAUGUAGAACUUGUGAACACUACACGUGCAUGCAAGUACAUAUUCAAGUAUAUUUCGAAGGGCUCAGAUUCUGCCGUAAUGAAUGUCGUACAAAGUACGAGAAAUACAACCGAGACAACAAAUACGACCGAUGCGGACGAUACGAACAAAAAAUAUGACGAAAUUACCGAACAUAUAGAGAGUAGAUAUCUAUCGUCCUGCGAAGCAGCAUGGCGAAUAUUCGAGUUGCCUCUAAUUGACAAAAUGCAAAAAAUUGAAAAAUUGCCUAUUCAUUUAGAGGGAGAGAGAUCCGUUGUCUUUCGAGAAGGCGAUGAACAAGCGGCAAUAGAAAAUGCCGAAGGAAAAUUUUCAAAACUCGAAGCCUACUUUAUUCUAAACCGGGAAGAUGAACAGGCGAACAACAUUAAGUAUCCCGACAUACCCAUGUAUUAUUGGUGGAAUGCCUCUGCACACAAAUGGGUACGAAGAGUUUACGAUAAAGGUAUUAUUAUCUCGAGAAUGUACACCGUUUCGCCCAAAGAAGUGGAACGCAUGCACUUGCGGAUACUACUCCUUCAUGUGGCCGGCGCCACGUCCUUCAGUGCCUUAAAAACAGUAGACGGUGUACUAUGUGCUACUUUCCAAGAGGCAGCGCGAAAUCGCCAGCUAACUGAAAAUGACGACGCGUGGAUUGCGUGCAUAGAGGAAUGCUCAAACUCAAAAAUGCCUGCACAACUACGAAGGUUGUUUGCAUAUCUUUUAUGUUACUGCAGCAUAGAAAAUGCACUGGAAUUAUGGCGUAAAUUCAAAAGGCAUUUCAUAGAAGAUUACGCGCGCAGAGGUGAGUCUGAGGAAAUCGCAGAAGUGAAAGCGCUUAGACGAGUUGACAACAUUCUGCGGUAUCUGGGAACCAGCUUAAGCGUCUACGGCAUUUCCAUACCCGAAACAAACGAACCGAUCAACCAUGACGAUGAUGAUUCUGACAACGACGGUGGAGUACAACACGAUGGCAAUAUUGUUGCGCCCGUAGAAGAAAUUAUCGAUCGUAUGAAUGUUGAACAAAGGUUAUGCUACGAGCAAGUAAAAAAUGCCGUACUAAACGACGCUAACCACGAUCGUAGAUUUUUUAUCUAUGGUAGCGCCGGGUGUGGAAAAACGUACCUGUAUAAUACCAUCAUUGAUUUGCUGGCCAGACGAAACAUAUCGGCGAUCGUGGUAGCUUUUACAGGUAUUGCCGCCCUGUUAUUGCGAGGAGGACAAACGGCACAUUCAAAGUUCAAGCUACCCAUUGAUCUUUCCCCUGAGAGCACUUCUACAAUAAUGGCACAAAGUGAAGAAGCACAAAUGUUGAGAGAUGCGAAAAUUUUAAUAUUUGACGAAAUAUCAAUGGCCAGAUAUGAAAUAAUUAAUAUAAUAGACAGAUGUUUAAGGGAUAUUCGCCAAGAUGAAAGACCAUUCGGCAAUAUUGUCACUAUAUUGGGCGGUGAUAUAAAACAACUGCUACCAAUCGUUAGCGGAGGAAGAGCAGAACAGUUACAAUCGCUCUUCUACCAUUGUAACGAAUGGCAUAGUUUCAAGCACAUGAAACUCAACGUGAACAUGCGUGCUGAUCCCGCCGAACUGGAAUUUGCAAAUUGGCUCGAAAAGGUUGGUCGGCAUAGCCCAGAGAUUCGAAUAACCCAUCCACGAUCGAUGAGAACCGAUUUAGUUCAAAUACCGAAUGAAUGCGUGGUGGAAGACGUUGUGGGAGCCAUAUACGGUGAUAUUGAUUUCAAAUUCCCAACCUUUCCACAAUUAUUAGCAGACCGCUCAAUAAUUUGCCUAAGGAACGACGUCUGCACCGAGAUAAAUAAUAAGAUGCUGAGACGGUUGCCAGGCGAUAUCGUGACCGUUUAUAGUGUCGAUAAUGUCGACUCUGACAAUCCGAAAGACGCAGAAAAUUUCCCGAUGGAAUUUCUGAAUCGUAUCAAAUACGGCGGCUUACCUGAUCACGAAUUAAUGCUUAAGGUAGGCGCACCCGUCAUUUUGCUGCGCAAUAUUGAUGCGAGAUCAGGCUUGGUGAAUGGCACACGCCUCAUCAUAAAACAAGUCAGUCAAAACGCUAUCAUAGCCGACAUUGCUUUCGGAGUGAAUAAAGGAAAAACUGUAUUUAUUCCAAAAUUCGACAUCAAAUGCAGAGUCGACACGCAUUCAGUGAAUCUCAAGCGAAGACAAUUCCCAGUGAAAUUAAGCUUUGCAAUCACUGUGAAUAAAGCGCAAGGUCAAACUUUGGAGAAAGUCGGUAUAUGUCUAACGACACCAGUGUACGCACACGGUCAGUUGUACACUGCACUUUCACGUGCCAAACGAAUGUCAGCACUUAAAGUCCAAAUUCGAACAAGCGAACAUCAAGGAACGACUAAGGAAAAUCACAUAAACAGAACUUUGGCUCGCAACGUAGUUUAUGAAUCGGUUAUGAAUCGGUUCCAAUAAGCUACGCGUCGACAUUCGCAAGUUUGAUCGUCAUCGCAAGUUUCGUCGUUAUCGUAAGUUUCGUCAUCAUCGCAAAUUUCGUCGUCAUCGCAAGUUUCGUCAUCAUCGCAAGUUUCGCCGUCAUCACCAUGGAAGAAAACCAGGCUGUAUCGUCGCCCCCGUUAGGUAAAUUAUUCCGAUUCGAGUUUUUUGCACAAACUUACUCA